AUGAUUAUUUUGGUUAUGAAAGAGACUCUAGAAUGGAUGAAAAAGCGGAACUUCUUGGGAGGUAGCAUCCCUCCAUGGAUCCUAACUUGUGUAGUUAUUGUUUUCACUCGAAUGAGGAAGAGAACUAGAAAUUUUAUAAAAAAAACUUCUUCGAUAAACACGAUUUUGUUGGUGUUUCUGGCUUCCACAGUUAUAGCUUUUUCCUUUGAUUACUCGCAUACACUCUUUUUAUCUGUAUUUGAUACUUAUUCCGAUGAUUUUGUUGAUGUUUUGCUUGAUUUGGAGAAGAAAAACAUGCUGUCUGAUUCAGACAUGAUUGCUGAAAUGAUUUUUAGAGGGACUGAUACUGUGGCCAUUCUUUUGGAAUGGAUACUGGCUAGAAUGGUUCUUCAUCCUGAUAUUCAAGCCAAGGUUCAAUUUGAACUUGACACUAUGGUUGGGACUAAUAAAAUAGUGACUGAUUCUGAUCUUCCUAAUUUGCCCUAUCUUCUAGCCAUUGUUAAAGAAACUCUCAGGACUUCGCCUCAGGCCUCGAGAAUCACAGGACCGGCUUUGCCAACAAAGCCUUCCUCGUACUCAAGUACAAUGGCACCCUUAACAUUUUGA